GAAGAAGAGUGACCCCUGACCAGUAACUUAACCCACUACCUACCCAAAAUCAGUCCCGUAAUGAAAAAUCUCUCACUUCAAUCACUAUUGUACUGGCAAAAUAUCACUAACAUGAAAGAAGAUUGAUCAAUUCGGAGCCGGGACAACUGUUUCUUCCAGAUCCUCUCCAGGUAUAAUCGAUCCAACCAGGAAAAAAACAAGAACAUAAGACCUAAAAAAACACACCCACAUGCCCCUCCCUAAAGCAAGCCUGUCAUUUUCCCUGCCUUAAAUGACAGCCUUAAAGAAUAAUAGGAAUAGGAAUAGGAAUACCCAGAUCAGAAAAGGGUCGGUUCUGCAAACGGGCUGCGGAUUCUGUGGAGGAUCCGAGGAGGAUUAGAGUGGGUUUUGACUGAUUCUGUUGGUUUGUUCGGUUUCUUGAAGUUUCUGGAAGUGUGGGGAUUUGAGAGGGAGUCAAGAAUGGAUCAGUAUGAGAUUAUGGAGCAGAUUGGAAGAGGAGCAUUUGGCGCUGCUAUACUAGUUCAUCACAAGCAGGAGAAAAAGAAAUAUGUUUUGAAGAAGAUCAGGUUAGCUCGGCAGACUGAGCGUUGCAGAAAAUCUGCUCAUCAGGAGAUGGCAUUAAUUGCAAGGAUUCAACAUCCAUACAUUGUUGAAUUCAAGGAAGCAUGGGUGGAGAAGGGCUGCUACGUUUGCAUUGUUACGGGCUAUUGUGAAGGAGGUGACAUUGCUGAAUUGAUGAAAAAGGCAAAUGGACAGUAUUUCCCAGAAGAGAAACUUAUGAAGUGGUUUACUCAGUUACUUUUGGCAGUUGAAUAUCUACAUUCAAACUAUGUACUGCACCGUGACCUCAAAUGCUCUAAUAUCUUUCUUACCAAGGAACAAGAUGUGCGCCUCGGCGAUUUCGGACUUGCUAAAACAUUGAAGGCAGAUGACCUGGCUUCUUCAGUUGUCGGAACUCCCAAUUAUAUGUGCCCUGAACUUCUCACAGACAUUCCUUACGGUUUUAAAUCUGACAUAUGGUCUUUAGGUUGUUGUAUAUAUGAGAUGGCAGCACAUCGGCCUGCGUUUAAAGCUUUUGACAUGGCUGGACUAAUAAGCAAGAUUAACCGCUCUUCCAUUGGGCCUCUUCCUUCAUUCUAUUCUCCAUCCUUGAAAUCACUUAUUAAGUGCAUGCUAAGAAAGAAUCCCGAGCAUCGGCCCAGCGCAUCAGAACUCCUCAAACACCCAUUUUUGCAGACAUAUGUCGCACAAUACCGCAUGCCAUCUGCAGUCAAUUCUCCCCCGGUGAGAGGCACAGAGAAGCCUCUAAACAGCAGUCCAAGGAAUAUGGGGGAGAGCCAAAGCAGUACUGCCAGUUCUUGCAGUGAUAGGGACAGUUUGAAUUGCGAGAACAAGAAAGGGGGUUCUCCUGAUCCUGUUUUGGCCAUUCCGGAUGAGGGAAGUGGGACCCAUGAUCCCAAAGAGCUACCCGUAGCAGAAGACGCUUGGAGCGAAAAGACCGAGGACCAGGAGGCAGGGGGGCGCAUAUGUAAUUUGGACUCCAAACCACCGGGGACUAUACGGAACAUAAUGAUGGCAUUGAGGGAAGGAAAGGGUAGGGAGAAUACCUCAUCAUCCCCUAUGAGAGCUGCCCGGCCUAAGGGCAGCUCCGCGGGCACACAGAAAGCCGUUGAAAUGUCACCUAAUAAAGUCCCAAAGCCGUGUCCGGGCACCCCUAGUUCUAGGGCGAAUGUGGACGGAUCCGUGAAGGUGGGUCCCGACUGUGGUGUCAAAAGGCCUCAUUUUAUGCCUUCCCUGAAGUAUCAGUUGCCUGCCAUUGAAUCCUCUCCAAAGACGAAGCCGAAGCACGACGGAGCCUCUCCUCCACAAGGGGUCGCGAAACACAUUACCCCUACCGAAGAGCGGUUGCCCCCGCGGGCGGCGAAACAGAGACCGCACCCGAAUUUGAACCGGCGGCCUUCGUUUCCCACGAGGAUGACGAGGCAGGUGGGGCCCGAUUGUCCCGUUCCCGUGGAUGACAUCAGCAGUGACAAGCCAUCUUGCGCCGGAGCGCCCAACGAACUGCAAGCUGAUAGCUGCAGCAAUUCUGCUGCUUCGUCGUCUUCGGUCUCCAUUCAAGGAUUCGAACUCUGUGACCCAACCGCACCCGUUGUUAGACUUUUUGAUGAUGAGUUGAAUCGGACUCCCGAACGGGCCCCGGAUACGGGCAUCGCCGGAUCAAGCCCGCCUUGCUCGGUUACCGCGUCCGUGCCCGCGGAUAGCAUCCCCGAGGGUUGUUGUUUUAGGGAAUACGAAGAAUGCUUCCAACCGACGGCGGGUUUUACUGUAGCUCCGCCCUGUGGGCCCGCCAGUCUCGAAGAUGACACUCGGAGUAGCAGGCCCACUACUUUCCAAGACGAUGCUCCGACAAGCAGGCCCGCUGUUUUUUCCAAGAAUGCUGCCGCGCCCGGUGGCGGCGACGACAAACACAUUGUUAAAGAGGACGAAUUCGUCUUUUCGGCAACCAAAACCGCCCCUCCGGUUUCCGGGCCCACCUCUCCGGACCAACAAACCGUGCCCCCAAAGACUUCAUCACCGGAGAAGAACGGCAACUCUCUGCAAAGUGCGGCGGUUCUCGACAAGUCAUCAUCCGCCGCUUUCGGUGACAUCAUUCGCGUGGUCCCCACUCCGGUUCGAGAAUCUCUCGAGCACCCGCCGAAGCCUGCGGCCGGGGACGAAACAAGUCCAACGAAGGAGACGUUGGACGUGAAGUCCUUCAGGCAGAGGGCGGAUGCCCUAGAAGGGCUAUUGGAACUGUCGGCCGAGCUCUUAGAGCACAACAGGCUAGAAGAGCUCGCCGUCGUUCUGAAGCCCUUCGGGAAGGAGAAGGUGUCCCCCAGGGAGACUGCAAUCUGGUUGGCAAAGAGCUUGAAAGGGAUGAUGAUGGAGGACUCCCAUUCCCACAACUCUUGAUCACUGGUACCCCAACAACAAAACCACUCUCUUCUUCUUCUUCAAUACACUUUCUGUGAUUCAUUUAUUUUAGUGAAGUGUACAUAUAUUGAAGUUGUUUUUUUCCCUCAUUGCACAUGUAAGAACAUACUGCUCCUACUUGUCCAGUUUUAAUUUUUUUAUAGUCAAAUUGGACAAAUUUUGUUUAAGAAUUUUAAAAAAAAUGUAUUGCAUGUUAAUAUAGGAAAAACUUUUUU